CUGGCCUGGAUACUCCCCUCUCGUUUGUUUCUCCCCCACAGGACAUGGUGCCUACACCGCAGAGGACAGAGGGCCCGGGUACAACGGGAGUAGGACUAUCUGUACAGCCAGCAGGCGGAUCAGUGGCAGCUGCACCAGGAACAUCUACCCCGUCAACAUCGGCAGUUGUUGGCGGGGCAGGGAGGUCCAUAAGGCACCUAGUGAGGGCAUCCCUGGCGCAGAACACGUGGAGAGCUUAUUCACAGCACUGGGGCGAGUGGGUAAGUUACUGUUACGCACAAGGCGCAGCGCCGGAAAGGGUCUCGAGGGAUCUGUUCUUGGAGUGGCUGGCAGAGAAACAUGGGCAAGGGACUUCGAAGGGCGCUAUAUCCAAUAGAAUAGCUGCAAUCUCCUUCUUUUGCAAUAUGCUAGAGUGGCCCAAUAUCACGAAAGGUUUCCUGGUGAAGCAAGUGAUUAAGGGCUGGGGAAGGCUCGAGGGUAGAGCGAAAGAUGCGCGCGAACCUGUCACAUUUUGUAGGCUAGCCAGGCUGGUGGACGCAAUCGAGGGCAUUUGCGUCGAACCCGGCGAAAGAGAACUGUUUCAGUGCGUAUUCUCCUUGGCGUUCUUUGCGGCCCUCAGGCCGGGCGAGCUGGUCGCAACCUCAAAGGAUGCAAUUAACACGGGUAUGCAGUUGGCUCAUGUCAAACUGGCGGGCGAUAAUUUGUUAUUGUUUAUCCCGCACUCGAAGACUGACCAGGAGGGGAAAGGGGUGUGGAUCACUCUGACUCCCUCGGCAUCAGGCGUCUGCCCGGUUGUGAGUACAAGGGCCUACAUGGCGCAGCGACCACGGGCCCCCGCCCAGUUCUUAGUGCAUUCCGACGGUUCGAAUCUCUCCCGGUACCAGUUCGCAGCGGUGCUCAGAAAGGUAGCGCUUGCAGCAGGUUUGGGGAAGUGUAGAAUCACCCCCCAUUCCUUCCGAAUAGGGGCUGCCACCAGCGCGGCCGCGCUAGGUUGGAAAGGAGAUCGCAUACAGAAGUUGGGCCGAUGGAGGUCCCAAUGUUACAAGUCUUACGUGCGCCCUCCAGCUGAAGCCUAGGGGGUAUUCGGUGUAGGAGGAAGGAAACUGGCGUUUUACAUUUGUUUGGUUGUGUUGUUUAGUUUUAGUCUAAGGUGAUUGACUAUGUAAUCCGUUUUUCAGGUGUGGCUACAGGUCCUUCUCGUAUCUGGAUAAUAGGGCACUCCUACGUGCACUGGGCGGCACUGAAGGCCCAUUCUCUUCCUGAGGGGCAGCAGUUGGGGAUUCCGACGUCUCAGGCAUCAAUACGGUGGUUGGGCCGUAGAGGCUUACAGUGGGAUGGUUUGCCUGCCCUCCUCCAGAAUGCCAGACAUCGAUGGGGACAGCCCCACAUCAUCCUCCUUCACAUGGGGGGAAAUGAUAUAGGGAGUGCACCUGCUCUAGAUCUCAUCAAUGCAAUGAGGUCGGAUGUCAAGUGGAUCUGUACCACGUUUCCGGGGGUUAGGCUGGCCUGGUCCAACAUAAUCCCCCGGCUGCGUUGGAGAUAUUUCCCCACACCGAGGAUAGCAUAUAGGGUUAGGAAAAAAGUUAACAGGGAGCUGGGUAGAGCAGUAAUAGAGGUAGGGGGUUUUGUGGUCCGCCAUGAACUGAUCUCAGCGGACAAAAAAGGGCUGUAUCGCCCGGACGGGGUGCACCUGUCCGACGAAGGGCUGGCGAUCUUCCUGGUGGACCUCAAAACGGCUCUGGUUAGUAAUAUUUAGCGGGUGGCGGCAAGAGCCCGGUUUAUGUGGGAGUGCCUGUCUCUUGUGGCGGGAGGUCGUAGCCAUCAACAAUUGAGGGCGGAGUCUGUAGAGGUGACAGUCGGGCUAAUGGGCGGGGGUGAUGUCCUCAGGUCGUGACCUGGGGGGCCCCGCCCCGCGGGUCUGCUGGCUGAAGAUCCUUUAGGACGUCCGCGCCUACUAGACGGAAUGGGGUGGGGCCACAUUUGUGCCCACCCUUGGCAUUUGCUAUUCCACGACAUCUGGCUGCGACCUCUUGUCAUAUGGAGCUAAUAGUUUACUAGGCCUCGAA